AUGCCUAGAACUGCCCUAGACCUGCUGUGUUUACCGACUGUUCUACAUUUGGCCUGUGCCCAUGGCCGUGUGGAAGUGGUCACUCUCUUGCUGAGCAGAAGUUGCCAGAUCGACAUCUGUGACAGACUAAACAGGACACCGUUAAUGAAGGCUGUACAUUGCCAGGAAGAGGCUUGUGCAAUUAUUCUCCUGGAACAUGGCGCCAAUCCAAACAUUAAGGAUAUCUACGGCAACACUGCUCUCCAUUAUGCUAUGUAUAACAAGGGGACUUCGCUGGCAGAAAAACUGCUUUCCCACCGUGCAAAUAUUGAAGCACUAAAUGAGGAGGGAAACACUCCACUUUUGUUUGCUAUAAAUUCUAGGAGACAGCAAAUGGUGGAAUUUUUAUUGAAGAACCAGGCAAAUAUACAUGCCGUUGACAAUUUCAGAAGAACAGCCCUCAUGCUUGCUGUGCAGCAUAGCUCAUCAAGUAUCGUCAGCCUCCUCCUUCAGCAAAAUAUAAAUAUAUUUUCUCAAGACAUGUUUGGCCAAACUGCUGAGGAUUAUGCUGUUUGUUGUGAUUUGAGAAGCAUUCAACAACAAAUUUUGGAACAUAAAAAUAAGAUACUUAAAAAUCAUCUUCGAAAUGACAAUCAAGAAACAGCAGCUGUGAAGCCUGCAAAUUUGAAAAAAAGGAAAGAAGGUGCAAAAGAACACAACUUAAAAGUGGCUUCAGAGGAAAAGCAAGAAAGACUUGAAAGAAGUGGAAAUAAACAGCCACAGGAUUCUCAAAGUUAUGGAAGAAAGAAGGAUGUGAUGUAUGGAAAUUACAUGUUGAAGAGAGACAUUGCCAUGCUCAAACAGGAAUUAUACACAAUAAAAAAUGACAGUCUCAGAAAGGAAAAAGAAUAUAUUCAGGAAAUUAAAAGUAUUACAGAAAUGAAUGCUAACUUUGAAAAGAGUGUAAGACUCAAUGACGAAAUGAUAACAAAAACAACGGCCCAGUAUUCGCAACAGCUUAAUGAACUGAAAGCUGAGAAUACAAGACUGAAUUCAAAAUUGGAGAAGGAAAAACACAGCAAAGAAAGACUAGAAGCUGAAGUUGAAUCCCUCCAUUCUAGCCUGGCCACUGCUAUAAAUGAGUACAAUGAAAUUUUGGAAAGAAAAGACCUGGAACUAGUUUUAUGGAGAGCAGAUGAUGUUUCUGUACAUGAAAAAAUGGAUUCCAAUAUUUCUCAAUUAACAGAUAAGAAUGAGUUGCUUACCAAACAACUUUCUAAAGCUCGGGUGAAGUUCAAUACUUUAAAAGGUAAGCUUCAUGAGACAAGAGAUGCUCUCAGGGAAAAGACACUGGCUUUAGAAAGUGUACAGAUGGACCUAAAGCAAGCGCAGUAUCGAUUAAAGGAAAUGAAGCAGAUGCAUCCAAAUGAGGAAGCUAAAGAAAGUCAAUCCUUUGGAAAGCAGAACUCUUUAGAGGAGAGAAUACAUCAACAAGAACUUGAAAAUCUAUUGCUUGAACAACAACUAAAGGAUGUUUAUAAGGAAGGCAAUAAUAAAGAGAUAGUCAUUAAUAUCCAAGAAGACUGUCUUGAGAAUGGAAAGGAAGAUCUUACAGAAGAAAAAAAUACGGAAUUAAUGAAUGAAUAUAAUUAUUUAAAAGAAAAACUGUUUCAGUAUGAAAAAGAAGAAGCAGAAGGAGAAGUGAUUGUGAGACGACUUCAAGAAGAACUGACUGAUCACCUUAACAAAUUUUCUAUGUCAGAAUCUCCACUGGAAGGUACAUCACAUUGUCAUAUUAAUUUGGAUGACACACGGGCUUCAAAGAAGAAAUUAUUUCAAGUAGGAAGUCAACCUGAAGAAAAACAUGAAGAAUUCAGAAAACUUUUUGAGUUAAUAUCAUCACUGGACUAUAAUGGGGAUCAAAUAAGAAAGAGAAAUCAUGAAUUAGAAGAAGAGACAACUGGAUAUAAGAAAUGCCUAGAAAUGACAAUAAAUAUGUUAAAUGUAUUUGGAAAUGAAGACUUCAGUUGCCAUGGAGACUUAAAUACAGAUCAACUGAAAAUGGAUAUUCUGUUUAAGAAGCUAAAACAGAAGUUUGAUGAUCUUACGGCCGAGAAGGAAGCUGUGUCUUCAAAAUGUGUCAAUUUGGCUAAAGACAAUCAAGUUCUUCAACAGGAGUUUUUAUCUAUGAGAAAAAUACAAGAGAAAUGUGAAAAACUUGAGGAAGAUAAAAAGAUGUUGGAAGAAGAAGUAUUAACUCUUAAGACACAUAUGGAAAACAAUAUGGUAGAACUUGGUAAAGCACAAGAAUAUAAAUCGGAGCUAGAUGAAAAGACAAUGCAGAUAAUAGAAAAAUUAGAAGAAAUCCAUUUACAGGAACAAGCAAAAUAUGAAAAACAAUUAGAGCAGUUAAACAAGGAUAAUACAGCUUCACUAAAUAAGAAGAAACUAACACUUACAGAUGUGGAAUGUAAAUUCUCCGAAAUGAAAACUGCUUAUGAAGAGGUUACAACCGAAUUGGAAGAAUAUAAGGAAGCCUUUGCAGUAGCAUUCAAAGCUAACAAUUCCAUGUCAAAAAAUUUAAUGAAGACAACCCUCAGUGGGGAGGGUAGAGUUUGGGGAGCACCUGUGGAGGCUCUAAUCCUGGCCCUGGGCCCUGGUAGUGACAGUGAUGAGGACGCGGGUGCUCCUCAAUUCCAUUCUGCAUCUCCUCUGGACAACCCCAGGACAACCCCAUCAGGGCCCUGUCACCAGGCCCAGUGUGGCUCCAUGAUAACCAAGACGCAGGUCCAGAGACAACUGCCCUGCAUGGUGCCUGCAUCUGACCUCCCUUGGUGGAUAGUGAUGAGCACAACAUGGAAGAAGCCAGGGCAGCAUGCGGACAGCUGCCCUGCAGCCCCAGAUGGCACCUGGGCCUUGGGAAGUCGUUCUCAAAGGGGAAGCUGGAAACUUUGA